AUGCAACUUCCAGAUGGUAUUCAAGGGCAGCCCCAUGUAGAGCGCAUUGCAGUUAUCCAGCAUGAGGAAAUCGUUAAAGACCCGCAGUUUAUUCUUGGAGGAGCCACAAGAACCGACAUUUGUCAAGGAGACCUUGGUGAUUGUUGGCUAUUAGCAGCUAUAGCGUCUCUUACCCUCAAUGAAAAAGUAUUAGCCAGAGUUAUACCACAAAAUCAAGAUUUUGGGCCAGAUUAUGCCGGAAUAUUUCAUUUUCAGUUUUGGCAGUACAAUGAAUGGCUGGAUGUUGUUAUCGAUGACCGCUUGCCCACUUUCAAAGACCGCUUGGUUUUUCUGCAUUCAGCUGACCUCAAUGAAUUCUGGAGUGCAUUGUUGGAAAAAGCCUAUGCCAAGUUGAAUGGAAGUUAUGAAGCUCUAAAAGGAGGAAGUUCAGUUGAAGCCAUGGAAGACUUCACUGGAGGAGUUGGAGAAACAUUUGAAGUUAAAAAGGCUCCAAAAAAUUUCUAUGAACUCUUACAGAGGGCACUUAAAAGAGGCUCACUGGUGGGCUGUUCUAUUGAUAUCAGCAAUGCAGCCGAGUCAGAAGCUCGAACCCCAACUGGUCUCAUAAAAGGUCAUGCAUACUCAGUCACUGGCAUUGAUGAGGUCAAUUACAAAGGGCAAACAGUGAGGCUCAUUCGAGUUCGGAAUCCGUGGGGUCAAGUGGAAUGGAAUGGUGCCUGGAGUGACAACUCCUCCGAGUGGGAUUCCCUCAGCCCAUCAGAGAAACAGCAGCUACAUCAUACAGCAUUAGAUGAUGGAGAAUUCUGGAUGAAGUUUGAAGAUUUUCUGUCUAAUUUUGAGAAAGUUGAGAUUUGUAACCUCACACCAGAUGCUCUUGAAGACAAUGCUGCUCAUAAAUGGGAAGUGUCCAUUCACCAAGGCAGUUGGGUCAGAGGUGCCACUGCUGGGGGGUGCCGAAAUUUCAUAGAAACAUUUUGGACCAAUCCCCAGUUCAAACUCCAACUGACAGAAAAAGAUGAGGGUCAAGAUGAGUGCACAUUUGUAGCCGCCCUGAUGCAGAAGAACCGCCGUAAACUCAGGAAACUCGGAGCCGCAUUGCUAACAAUAGGAUAUGCUAUCUAUGAGAGUCCCGAUAAAGAUGAACACUUGACAAAGGAUUUUUUCCGCUACAAUGCUUCCAAAGCCAGGAGCAAAACAUAUAUCAACUUAAGGGAAGUUUCUGAUAGAUUUGAGCUACCACCUGGCAAUUACAUCAUUGUUCCAACUACAUAUGAGCCACAACAGGAGGCUGAUUUCUGUCUGAGAGUUUUUUCUGAAAAGAGAGUAGUUACAAAGGAGAUGGAUGGAAAUGUCAACAUCGAUUUGCCAGAGGUUCCUGAGCCAACACAACCCCAAGAAGAAACAGAAGAAGAAAAGCAAUUCCGAAAUUUGUUUAAGCAGAUUUCAGGACCGGACAUGGAGAUCAGUGCAGAGGAACUUGAAUAUAUCCUGAAUGCUGUGUUGGAAAAAAACAAGAUCAAAUUCAAGAAAAUAAGCUGCCUGUCAUGUAAAAAUAUCAUUUCCUUAAUGGCUUCCAGCGGGAAUGGAAAACUGGAAUUCAACGAAUUCAAAAUUUUCUGGGACAAACUGAAAAAGUGGAUUAGCAUCUACUUUCACUUUGAUUCUGAUCAGUCUGGCACAAUGUCUUCCCAUGAACUUCGUCUUGCUUUAAAAGCAGCAGGAUUGCAGCUCAAUAACCAUCUGCUGCAGCUGAUUGUAUUAAGGUAUUCAGAUGAUCAGCAACAGAUCGAAUUUGAUGACUUCUUAAACUGCCUGAUUCGCUUAGAAAAUGCAAGCAGAGUAUUCCAGGCAUUAUGUGUGGAAAACAGAGAUUUCAUUAACCUCCAUAUAAAUGAGUUUAUCAAUUUGACUAUGAACAUUUGAAGGCCUUGAACAUGGAGUUCAGCCAGUCUCCCAACAUGAUGAAAAUUACAAGGGAUGUUUGUAUUGUCAAUAUUUUCUUAUACUCACCUAUUGUGAAUAUGUGGCUUUAGAACUCAAAUGCAAAUAAGUAUUUUCUAGAUUUAAAGUCCUAUUAUUUCAGCCAGUACAGGAUAAUUGACAGAUAAUAGGAUCUGAAGACCUAAACAUCUGGAGGGCAGUAAGCUGAGGACGUUGCAUUAACAUAUAUUUGUAUACGAAUAUAUUGCAUGUAUAUUACAUGCUGUAACGAAUUACUGUUUAGAUGACAUAAAUGAAUAGCCCUAAGCAAUUAUUGUCUUUUGAUUUAAUGUAAUUAUUC